AUGGAAGACUCCCCUCCCCUCCACUUUGUAUCGCUCGGCAUGAUCGUUUUAGAUGAGCUUCACCUCCCAAGCGGUGACAUUCUACAAGGUUAUCCAGGAGGCUCCGGGGCUUACAGCACCCUGGGUGCUCGCAUUGCGACGGAACCUUCAAAUGCUGGGGAGGUUGGGUCUUUCAUCAUGGCUGGUCACGACUUUCCACACGAGAUAGUGGAGCUUAUUAGAGGUUGGGGCAUUACAAUCACCAUGAGCGUGGAUGACGCCAGGAAAUCAACGCGCGGAUUACUUGAGUACCAUGAUAACGCAUUUGGGCGAAAAACAUUUCGCUACUUGACAACUCCACUCCAGCCAGCAGCGGGCUGCUUGCCGGUCGAAUUACUCUCAUCUCGCUCCUUUCACAUGCUAUUCUGUCCUGAAAAAGUCAUCAAAGAGGUAGGAGAUCUUGUGCGCUUGCGCAGCCGAAUUGGACUUGGAGAGCGCCCUCUCCUAGUGUGGGAACCCUUUCCGAGCCUGUGUACACCGGAGAGACUUGACGAGCAUCGCCAAGCCUGCCGACAUGUAGGCAUCUUCUCACCAAACCACCUUGAGCUGCUAGGCCUUUAUGGGAAGGAUACGUCCUCGUUCGAUGGCUCUGUCAUAGAGUCAUGUGCUGAAAGCUUGCUACAGGCUUCAUCACCGCCAGACGUGCCAGCGUCUGGUCGUGGCAUUGUUGUCCGUGCUGGUGAGCAUGGAUGUUUCGCCGUCUCAGCUCAGACCAAGUUCUGGCUACCGCCUUAUCACAGCAGUUCCGAGGUGGUUGAUGCUACUGGUGGAGGCAACACAUUUCUUGGUGCUUUCACUGUGACCCUGGCAAGGACUGGCGACUUGCGAAAAGCAGCUAUUUCUGGGAGUGUAGCGGCCAGCUUUGCCAUUGAGCAGAUUGGUUUGCCAGUGAAGACUGUGACAGCCGGUAGAGAGUUAUGGAACAAUGAUAUGGUCUCGACCAGAGAAGAGUUCUUCCACUACUGA